AUGAACACAAGAAUUCUACAAAUCACAUGGCUCUUUGCUCUCGCUCACAGCCUUGACCCGAUGUCGCUCAUCAACAGCGUCCUUGAACAGCUUCUGUCGCAAACCCAGAGCUCUGUUGAGACAGCGAGCGCUGCGCAAUCGAACAUUGAUGCAGAGCAGCUGGAGGCAAGCUUGGAGGAAAUGAAGGCAGCGCAGGCUGAAGCCAGCAAGCAAAAGGCAGAGGCGAUGGCGCAGGAGGCGGAACUAAGUAAUCAAGCGAAGCCUGUGCAAGAGCAAACCCUCAAGGACGCGGCGAAUCAACUGAUUCUGGGAAUGGCGGAUCUGAGCGCGUCCGUACUGAAACUGGACCAAAACAUGAAAGGCAAAGAAGUAUCUUCGGUAUCUGCGGAACAGAAGGAUGAUAUAAAGCUGACCAUUCAUAUGCCCAGUCAAAAGAAGACCAGCAACGAAACAUUAAGCGGAAAUGGAGCAAGUGAUAACAGCUCAGGUGACAAUAAAACGGUAAGCGCAGGCACUGACGGAGCCAGCGCAGGUACUGAUGCAGCCAAAGCGACGGGUGGCACGGCGACUGGUGGCACGACGACGGGUAGCACGACGACAGGUAGCGCAGAUAUGCCGGUGACUUUGUUGAUUUACGACGCCGUAGAUCCGACGCGGUUGUCCGUUCUAGAAAAACGCUUGACCAAAGACCCCUCUACAAACGUGAAUUCUGGGUAUAGUCGUCGGAAGGCUGAUGACUACGAUGUGUCUUUGAAGGAGCAGGCUGGUCGUGCUCGGAAGCGCGCCGUGCUGGCAGGCAAGCGGGCGCAGCUAUUUGAAGACCUAGCGAAAACGACUGCCGCGGCGGCUGGUGGUACUGCCUCGUCUGCCGACGCCCUGGAUUGA